AUGAAUACAGAAUCACCAGCUUCACUGUUUGAUGACAAUGCAUCUGGUAAUACAUUGUUAUCAAGUAGAAUCGAGGAGGAUCUGACACAGAUAAUGUGGAGAGAUCCAGUGUGGCUACAACAGAUACCACUGAACAAACAGACGGUUCUCCUCUACUUCUCAAUGUCACAGUUCUACGAUAAGCAGUGCAACAAUGAGAUACUUAAAAUGCAGCGUCUAGAUCCUUCAGCUUUAAAAACAAUGAUUGGUAUAGAGUAUGAGGUGGUUAUGGCACAAGAGCCUAUGCUCUUUCUAGUGGCUAAACAGAGCAGAGUGUCGCCCACUGAUGCCUCUGUACAGACACUGUACUAUAUAAUCAAUGGCACAAUAUAUCAAUCUCCAGACAUCAGAUCAGUGUUUGAAUCACGCAUGGUACAGUCACUCUUCCAUCUGAUACACGCCUUUGAGAAGCUGCUCUCAACUGUGACGUGGGACAUUGUCGAUGGCUACCAGAUCACUUUGGCAGCACAUCUCAAUCAACAGGACAAGUCAAAGCUGAUGACCUAUACUCGCAAGCAAAUAGAGGAUAUCAAACGAUUUGAUAACAUCAUCAAUCUACUGUUUCAAAAGUUUCCACCAAUAAUGAAACCUCCUGAUGCAGCAGCAGUAGCAGCAGGGGCUACAACUCAAGCCCUG